AUGGCUGCCGAAUCCCCUCUUCGGGCCACUUACACCGCUCCUGACGCCACCAAAUCCUUCCAAUUUACAAUCCCACCCGCUUCCCAAGAUUCCUUUGCAGCGAAACAAGCCCACUUGGCAGCACUACGCUCCGAAGUCCCUAAGCUCCAGGAUGAAAUCAAUGUCUACUUAACCGCGCGAAUGGAAGAAGAUAAAAAGGCUCAAGGCCAACUCUCAGAGAAGGAAGCUAAGGAGGAGGAAAACUACGGCGAGGAAGUGGUGGAAGAUGAUGCGUGA